AUGCCAGAUUUUGCUAAUCUUGAGUCAGAUGAUGAUUCGCAAUACGAAGAUAUUAGAAAAGAUAAGUUUGAAGAAAUUAAUCAGUUUAAUGAAGAAAAUGAUAAAACAGAAUUUGAAGAA